GGUCAAAACCCUAAACAAAUGACCCGCGCAGCCGCACCCUGACCCCUGUAAAAAUUCACGAACAGCGCAAACCUGUUCUCCAUUUUCUUAUCGACUGAAAAAGAAAUUCCAAGUUUCACCCUAAAAUCUCGACCGUCUCUCGGCGGCCGCCGUCCGGUUCCGAGCUUAAGGACGCCGCCAGAUUUCCUUCCUCGUCGGCAACGAGGCGUUGGAGACGAAGCUGUUCGUCGAAGAUCUUGGGCUUAAAGCUUGGACUUCUGGGACUUGGAAGAAUUCAUAAAGCUAUUUAAGCCUCCGGUUUAAGCUCGAUUAAGAACUAUGAAUGUGGGAGGUAGGAUAUGCCGAGGGACUUGUCGCGAUCAAGAUCACGGUCUCCUUUCUACAGGAGAAGGCAGUCUCCAUCACCUGCAGGCGAUAGGUAUGGCCGAAGGAAACGAAGGGAGAAGAGCCAAUCUCCUUAUUCAUCCAUUUCAUACAGCAGGUGACCCCGUUUAUGCUCUGGCAGUCUUUACUUUUUGAAUGUUCGAAGAACUGAAUGAAAUAUUCAGGACCUGCAUAUUCAUUUUGUGGAUUGGAAAUACAUUCGUGUGGGUUAAUCUGUGCAAAUCUCUUCCUUUAUUAAUUUAUCAACACCAAAUUACUUAUUUUCCAAAAUAUAUUUGGUCUCUGUUUUUCCAGUGAGGUUUUAGUUUCAAGUACUAGGAUUAGCGAUUUACCCAAAUGACAUGUUGUAUGUCCACGGAUCAGGAAUUUGAGAAUUCAUUCCAACAACAAAUUAUCAGGUUGAGGAAUUCUUUUGAUAUAGGGCCUUAUAUAAGUAGUUUCCCCCGCUCCCUGUCUGCAUUUGCUCUAUUCAAAGUUGGAUGGAGUCGUCUUUUCAUGUUAGGAGUGGUCAUUUGAUUUGCUGCAGAGUGAUGGAUAUGCUGCUGAUGAGUUACUCUCGAAACAUUUUAAUAUCUGUAGCUAAGUGGAGUUUACAUAUCAACCAUUGCAGAAGCAUUAUAUGAUCAAGUUCCUAAGCAGAAGCGAUUCUUUCCUACUCGCUUCUGAUAUGUUCCUAUUUCUCCAUGGGGUCAUCCUCUUCAGAUUCUUUUGAUGCUUUCCCUUUCUCCAUUGGCCCUAUUCCUGAUUUUCAAGUGCCCUGGUCAUUUCAGUAAUGCUAUAAGCAGUUUUCCUGUGUCAUUUGUUCUAUUGGAAUUUUAUGAAUGUGAUCUUACCCAAUUAUAAUGUAGUUCUAAGUAUUUCUUGUCAUCCAUGUUUGGGGCUAAGCAGUCAUUGCAUGAAAGUUGCUUUGGACUGUGGUUUAAUGUUAUAGAAGUAUUAAAAAGAGAAAAGAAAAGGACAUUGCAAACGUGGGAACUGAACAGGUGAUGGGGCUGAUGGGUAUCCUUUCGUUGCUCGAUUGUGAUAUGAGCUUCUUCAUGUGAAAAACAGUGGAGCUCAGUAUGAUAUUUCUUAACCGUAUAGAGAAGGAGAAGCAGCUCUAUUACUCCACGGCGCCGCAGGUCUCGCUCUCCAAAACAAAGACGCAAUAAACUUCGUUCACCAACUCCAAGGCGCCCUAAGAAGCAUAGAAGCAGGAGUUUCUCCUUGUCUCCUACUCGUGAUUCUUCUAUUCCAAGUCCUGGGCAUACGGAGCUGAAAAUAACCAGUCAAAAGGAUCGAAAAGAAGAAGAUGAGGAGAGGAAAAGGUAUAUGCUAGACCUAAAUGCUUCUUAGACUGCACUUGUCACGUUUCUUUCAAAUUUUUAUCUUGCAUUUGUAAUUUUGGGAAGUUCAUCAUUGCCUUCAAUGACAUAAAUUGUUACUGUAAUAGACUGCAACAACAUAGCGGUCCCGAAAGAGGACUAUGAGAUUUUUUCUGCUGGAAGACAACCUGCUGUAUGAUUGAUUCCUUUCCUUACCUGUGAAAGAAGAUUAACAUGGAUGUGUUAGCCAUGUAUAGAAGAAUAACCCAUAAAUUACUUACAUCACACAUUUCUUUUACUAGAAAGACAAGUAAAAGGAUGUGCUUUGACAUAACUUUGGUAUGCCUCCGGGUAUUCAGGCUCAGAUACCCACGGUUUUGCGGUUUGUUUACUGGCUUCAUAUAAUUCAGCCAACACGAGUUUUCUUGGUUGACAAAACUCAAUGGCAAUUAAAUUCAUCAUCGUAGUUAUGGAUCCUUAACCAUUAGAAGUCAAUUAUUCAUUACUUUAAGUAACCUUUACGGGGAUUCAAUUGGAUAAAAAAUACAGUGUUAAACUACCCAAUUAAUUUUUUUGAUUUGCGUUGAGUAAACCGGAAAUCAAUCAUUUGGAUAUUAUCGGCUCCAACUGAGACUUUGGUAGUGUUUAAUGGAUAUUAUAGGCUCUAUUUGAAAGUUUUCUUGUGUUGCGGUUGGCUCUACAUUGAACUCUAUGUUAAUCCAUGAAUGUUUUACAGAAGGGAAUAUGGGUCUCUCUUUGCUUAAUUGUUUUUAACAUAUUCACGACAUCUGUUUUCCAAUGAUAGAUUUACUGUUUUAUCACAAGUAAUAUCAUAUUUUUUGGAGUAGUCUUGCUUUUGUAGCAAGUUACAUGACUUUUUCUCCACAGGAUUUCUGAAGAAGAUUUUGCACUUGUAAUAUUUGGUGAUGAAAUUGGAAGCUUCCUUUACCUAUUGUUCACCAAAAUUUAGUACUCAUUGCUUGAUCAGAUUUCAGUUAGAGAUUUGUAGAAAAAAACAGAGAUCGGAAGAGUGGAAUAGCACAAGUGAGCUUGCACUUGCAGUGUCAAUCACCGUUUUGGGCUAGCAUUUGUUGGGAUAUGAGAAAUGGGACUGAAGGAGGUUUCCUCUCUUUGCUCUAAAUGAGUGUCCACUUGCUGGAUUAACUUGUUUCUAUAUGUUCAGGCAGCAACAUGAAGCAGAGGUUAAGCUAGUAGUAGAAGAGACAGCAAAGAGGUUGGAAGAAGCUAUCCAGAGGAAAGUUGAGGAGAGCUUGGCCUCUGAGGAGAUUAAGCAGUAUUUACAACGACAUUUAAAUGAAGGACGGAAAGCACUAAUUGAUGAAGUAGCUGCUCAACUUAAGAAAGAAAAGGAAGCUGUUGCUACCGAAACGAAACAAAUUGAGGAAAGAGCACAUAAAGAGAAGGAAAUGCAGGAGAGGAUAGUUGAAGCGAAAGAGAGGAAAGUGGAAGAAGCUCUAAGGAAGGAAGCCCUGGAGCAGAUGAGGAGAGAAGAGGAAAGGUAUAGGGAACUAGAAGAGUUGCAAAGACAGAAGGAGGAAGCAAUGAGAAGAAAGAAACAACAAGAGGAGGAAGAACGUUCAAAACAGAUAAAGUUGUUGGGUAAGAACAAGUCAAGGCCGAAGUUGUCAUUCGCUAUCGGGCCUAAAUAGGAGUGAAUGCUGGUGGGAGAUGAUGUAUUCUCUAUGAGGUUCAGUUUCUAUGUAUGUUGUCACCUGACCUGCUGGGUAUUGUAAUUUUGUUGGUCAGGGAACAGUUUGUUUUUGAUUUGUGAGAUAAUGCUGUUGCAUUUUUGUAUUAUUAUUUUGGUUUCUGUUAAGAAUCGAAUGAAGUUUAGAUGCUUACAUAUUGGGGGUACGCUUUACAAAGGUAACUGUAAACGGUAAGGAUGAGGAUCAAUCAUUCUGUAGUGCUGCUCGCUUGAGAGUUCCAUGAAGUUCUAUAGUAAUUUGAAUUUGAAGUUUGCAUGUCAAGCAUUCCAGGUGAUCACCUGACUAUGAUUUA